AAACAUUGCGUAAUGAGCACAAAGGUGAAGUUAACCGGCUGCCAUCUCAGACAAAAGUAUAAGAUCUGAGACUUACCUCGGGCCUUAUGUUCAACUAUUCAAAAAGGUUUGUAAUUUCUUCCCAUAGGGAUACCUGGACGACCCCGAGUUAACUCGUUUCGGGCGAGCAGUCUAGUGACAGAUUUAAAUCAAAUUUUAUUUGUCACACACAUGGUUAGCAAAUGUUAAUGCGAGUGCAGCGAAAUGCUUGUGCUUCUGGUUCCGACAAUGCCGUAAUAACCAACAAGUAAUCUAACCUAACAAUUCCACAACUACUACCUUAUACACACAAGUGUAAAGGGAUAAAGAAUAUGUACAUAAAGAUUUAUACAAAUUCUAUGUGCAUUUGGUCGGGUCUUCCAAAAACUUACAUGGCUGCUUUACAGCUGUCAUUCUGAAAUGUUUGACCAUAGAGACUAAGGGCAUAGCUCAGAUUCAAUUCAAAAUACGUUUUACCCUUAAAUUCAAUAUAACCUUGGGAGACGACAAUUGUCGUUAGACAUGUUUCACAUAAAGGCAACCUGGGGACCCGAGGUAAGCGAGACUCGGCAGUGUAACUUCCCUUUGAAUGAUGUUGCCACAGCAUAGUUCAAUGGCUGUACCAAAGCUGGUGGAUGAAGAUCUUACUCAAGCCGUUAACAUUGACGAAAAAUGGCCACAGUUCCGGGGGAGGGGGUGCCUCCUAUAGACACAAAUGCGACAUCUGUGUGGUCUGCUUAGUUCAUUGACUAACGUUAAAUGAACCAACAAAUAUUUGCGAGAUGGAUGUCUUGCUUCCUCUUCCGUAAUCUCUGGUACCGGUAGGAAUUCGUGUCCGCCAAGCCGGGUAAACGUCACUUCUCCGAGAAGAGCAAAAUACGGAUGCCGAACAGAACCGAAUGGAAUAACAAAACAGGUGAAAAGGCGGGAAGUAGUUGGUCCAGAAUCAGGUUGCCCUUGGAGAUGGGAGACUGAUCUGACAUAAUGUGAUUGGCCAGCCUGAGACUGAAGCGUCCCUGACUCCUCCCCCAGCGAAUGUAGAACACCAAAUGCCUGCUGACGAGCAGUCUGGCCCCUCUGCUCAAGAUGCAGAGCAGGGUCAGACAGAUCCACAGAAGGAGAUGGACACUGUUAGCAGGGGGGAGAGGGAGGAGGAGCAGCCCGGGCCAUCCAGAGUUCCUCCCCCCAGACAGGGCUACUGCAGCUGCUGCCAGAUACUCUACAACAACGUGGAGCAGCACAUCCUAAGCCCCAGACACAGGGAGGUGGUUCAUAGUACUCGCACCUACGUCCCAUCUGGAAGCCUGAUGGAGAGAUUCCUAUUGGACGUAAUCCAGCAUCACCCGCACCUCUACAACGACCCUCGCCCCACCCACGCUGACCUGCCAUCUCUGAGCAGCCCGCUGGUUCCCAGGGAGGAGCUAUUGGAUCUCUGCGCCAGCGAUGAUGACGGGGCGUCGUUCGGAACCCGAGAGCACAUGCCCAGCUCUGACGACUCUUCCUGUCAGCUUGUUUACGUACAGGAAGCGGAUGUUGCCUCGGAAACAAGGACCAGCCAACCAGAAGAAGGUAGAGGGGGAAAGGCGGAGUCAGAGAGGUUAACCCCAACUGCUCCAGACCAGGAUAUAAGACCAAGUUCUGGGGAAGGGACUCACUCACACACACCUUCCCCUGACCACUUACCAACACACCCCACAAGACCUUGUAGCCAGAAGCAAACCCCUCCUCCGGUCCACCGGAAAGCACACAGGAAGACCAACCGGCGGAGAGAGAGAGGGAGCAACUCCUCCUCUUCCUCCAUCCAUCCUCCCCGCUCCCCCGCUUCUCCACAGUUGUGUGCUACCCCAACAGACCAGAGAACCCAGGAAACACCAGAGAACCAGCCUCCCUACAAGCCAAGGGACCGGACCACAGACCCCAAGCCCCGGACGGUAAACACUGGCUGGGCCGCGUGGGCGGGGGUGCCCCCCUGGAGGCGGAGGGAGACCCAGAAGGAGCUGGCGUUCUCCGGUGACCACUCCGACCCUGAGGGGGACACAAUAGAGGAGGUGAUCCAGAGACACUGCUACGGCCGCAGUCCCACACAACACCACCAGAGGGACCACAACAUAUGGACAGGGGGGGAGAGAGGGGAGGCAAGGGGGGAUACGGACAGCUUCCACCUUAGCCUCCCUGACUCACUGGGAGUGAGUUCGGGGUCGGAGGACUGGGAUACCCCUGUGCAGGUGGCUAUCGGGAGUGGGCAGGAGCGGAGGAAGGACAUCCCUGUGGUAGUGGGCUUAAGGCAGGGUGGAGGGGAGCGGGAGGGCAGGGCCCUGGCCUGUCUCAUGGAGGUACAGGUGAACAUGGAGGACCAGAUGUACACCAGCCAGCUGGAUUCUGCCCUCAACCCUGAGACUAGGACAGCGGGGGAGACAGGGAUUGGGGAGACAGAGGGAGAAAUGGAACGAACAGUGGAGGAGAUUCUCCCUGCACUCCCCCACAUCCCCGUGUCGUUCCUGGGGAAGACGUGGACCCAGGUGCUGCUGGAGGACGAGCAGAAGGUGGAGAACAUGGUCCGAGAGUUCCGACAAGGAAGGUUCCUCUGCUACUUCAAAAGCGAAUCCCUCGCCAGGCACGGGAAGCGGAGCAGCAGAGAUUUGGGGCGUGGCCAGAAGGAGGGGAUGGAAGACGGGGGGUGGGUUCCCCUUGCUGACCAUGACAAUGAAGAUGACAACCCAGAAUGCCACAUGAGGGGGAGGGAGGUGCUUAGGCGGAGGAAAGUUAGUAGGAGUUAUCGCCUGGCGUCCAGGUGUCAGGUGGUCAAAGUGAGUCACGGGACACAGACUACAGCAGCAAUCAUCCCCACCAUCCGACAGAGAACACUGGACCAGACAGGCACAUCCCCGGACAUCCUAAUGCUGCCCUGUCAGGACCCCGGCGGUGACCAGGAGAAGACCCCAGAGAUGAAGACAAGGCUGUGCUCUCUCCGCCUGCCUGUCUCCUACUCCCGCAUCAUGACCCCCCUGCAGCCCCAAACCACUCUGAUCUAUGUCCUCUCCUCCCCCGAAUCCCCUCCCUUUGACCCCAAGCCCCGCCUCAGACCCAUCGCCAGGGGCAACCGCGGCAGGAAAAGGUCAUGUGACGGGUGUGAAGGCAACGUGGGGGCCAAGGUCAAAUACAAAAGGGUUCCUUUGAGGUACUAUGACCCUGCCACCCACCGCAUUCUGAAGACCCCCCCCAAGGGCUUGAACCUCACCCCCUCCUCCUCUGGCCUCCCCAGACCCCCCCAGUCCCACGUGGUCAGACAACUGUUCAGGAGCCUGAGUCCAGACAUCAAUACAGAGAGACAGGGGGGAGAGGGAGGGAGAGAUGGGUCGGGGGGUAGGAGGAGGGGUCGCAGCGGGGACAGUGUGGCGUCAGGGUCACUCUUAGAGGCAGGGGGGUCAUUUGGGGCUGGAACGUCGGAGGCAAGGUCAUCUGUGACUACGCCCUUCAGCCGCUCCUCUCUGUCCAAUAGCAGCCGAUUUCUACUGAGCACGCUCUCUCCCGACACAAACUCUAACCCAGAAGUGACCCGGCAGCGGAGGCGGAGAGGAGGAGGACGGGAACGGAAGUUAAAGACGGACCGACCUCUAACCCCUGAGAAAGACCACUCUUCUCCGUACAGGCCUUGGACAAGAGGGGGUAGGGGAGAACGGCAACCAGCAAGACGCAGCUCAAAAAGGGGGCGACCACUUCAAAUCAGCCCUCCACCUAAACCUCCACCACCCCAGGACCUCUCUCCCACAGUCGAGCCCAGGAAAGGGCCCUCGAGACGGGUUGCAGAGAGUAAGAAACUCCCAAGGCCCAAAAGCCCAGCCAGGGGGGUCACUUCGACCCCUCUGAAACAGGCCAUCAGAACACCAAGCCGCCGGUCGUCCCCCCGACAAACCCCUGCUCCACUGCCCACCCGGACACUGAGGAGGAGAGUGAGGAGAUGACGGGAUGCAUCUCAACAGUCUACAGUGGCUUCCUUUCCUUGUCUCCUUUCCUCCAGCCGCACUGACAUGAAAUAAGAUGGCCGUGUUUAGCAGGGUGAAUGUUCAUAAUGUAGCAGAUACAAAUGUCACUACUUCACAUGAUAAGAGCUAUGUCUGCGCCACUUCAUUACAAUUCUACCUGAAACGUUGACUGUUUCCACGUUGCUUUCUCCUGUCCUGCUUUCAGUGCAGAUGAAGGAGAGGAGACAAGGAGCAUCUAUUGAGAUGUACCCUGGCUCUCUGAAAAGAUGGGGUGAGAGAAUGUAGAGAAGUGGAGGAGAGAUUGCCUCUUCCUCCUCUGCUUCCCAUCCUUCUCUCAUAUGGUCAUGUUUUGCACAGAAACCAGCAGCAGAAUAGUUAGCAGGAUGUUUUUCAAGCUGUCUGUAUUGACAUGGUGGUUGUUGGAUUCUCAGUUUUAUUUUUUACAAUCAGGAUAUUUUUUUACUUUAUAAGGACUUUGUCAAAAGCUUGUUUAUUUAAUAAAUAAUGUACAUGAAUUAAAACAUUUUGUCAUA